CUACAGUCUUCCUCCUGAGCGAUUAAUUCUUCUUAGAAACAAAGAUGAAUCAAGUUGUUGCAGAAGAACACGAAGUCUCCGAUAUUAUGGAUACUGAUGAAAUCUCGGAAAUUUCAGAAAUCUCAGAUGCUGGAAGUAACGAGAUUGUUUCAGAUUCAAAUUGUUUCCAGCACUUUGUUGCGAACGGCUUCUCUAAGAUAGAUCAAUCAAGCUUAGAGACUUGUAUUAUUGAAACUAGCGUAGCGCAGAAUUUGCAGAUGGAUAGGAGAACAAGAGUCGUGGCGAUUCAUAAGAACAGUAACACUAGUCGGUCAUGGCAGAUUCGAGCGCACAGUUUCGCCGUUUCCAUGAAGGCGGUUUCUGAUAAGUGCGGUGGAGGCGCUAACCCCAAGUAUGCUUGGUAUGGUGCUUCCAGAGAUGAGAUUUGCGAGAUUGUGACGCAUGGAUUUAGUUGGGCCGCCGCCGAUACGCAUAUCAUCUCUCUGUCUCCUGCCAAGCAUCUGCUUGACAGUGUAUUGCGUUCAACGGUUGAUGAAAGUGGAUUGAGGCAUUUGUUGUUAUGCCGAGUUAUAUUGGGGAAGCAAGAAGUGGUGAUCGGAGAUUCAUCCCAUCAGUUUCAUCCGAGCUCGUCGGAGUUCGAUUCGGGCGUAGAUGAUAUCUCAGCUCCUAGAAAAUAUAUCGUUUGGAAUUCUCACUUGAAUUUCAGUGUCUUCCCUUGUUACAUCGUCAGUCUUGAUGUCCCUUACUUGAGCGGGUUCAAAGAGGCAACAAUCAUGAAGCCUAGGCCAUCAUGGAUAACGUUUCACACAUUGAUUUGCAUACUCUCUCGGUAUUUAGAUCAAUCACGAAUGGCUUACCUCAAAAAACAUUACACAGAUUUUAAGGAAAAAAGGAUUACCAAGCCCCAAAUGAUACAGAGAGUGAAAGAAAUAGCUGGAAUUCACUUCUUAUGUGCCAUACUCAAAGACAAGGACUUAAUAUGAUUGUUCAAUUGCUGAUCUUCAAGUUACCAGCAGCGGCGGCGGCAGAAGGGCGGGGAUGCGAGUAACUUGAUAAUAGGAGGGGGUUUAUUUACACAUGUUAUGGUUAUACUUGUAACCUUUCAUUUCAGAGAAGGAAAUAGUAGAUAAUUCUGGGCAAUUCCAUUCCCAUUAGUUUAUCAACUUCGAUUAAGGGUC